UUUUUUCGCCUGAGCUGAAACUGAAUUGAAAUUGAAACCGAGGCACCAUGGCGGCUGAGACAAGCGGCGCAAUUGAGCAAGAGGAACAAAUCGUGACGCCGUGGGAAGUCGCGGCCGAGAAGGGCGGCAAAAUCGACUACGACAAGCUCAUCGACAAGUUCGGCUGCCAGCGCCUCGACCAAUCCCUCAUCGAUCGCGUCGCGCGUCUCACCGGCCGCCCUCCCCACGUCUUCCUCCGCCGCGGCGUCUUUUUCGCCCACCGAGACUUCAAUGACGUCCUCGAUGCUUACGAGAGAGGCGAGAAGUUCUACCUCUACACCGGCCGAGGCCCUUCCUCCGAGGCCCUGCAUCUCGGCCAUCUCGUGCCGUUCAUGUUUACCAAGUAUCUGCAAGAUGCAUUCAAGGUGCCUCUAGUGAUACAAUUGACAGAUGAUGAGAAAUGCAUGUGGAAGAAUUUAACGGUGGAGGAGAGUCAGAGGCUUGCACGUGAAAAUGCAAAAGAUAUUAUUGCUUGUGGAUUCGACGUUUCGAGGACAUUUAUUUUCUCCGAUUUCGACUAUGUCGGAGGGUCAUUUUACAAGAACAUGGUCAGGAUUGCAAAAUGUGUGACAUAUAAUAAGGUGGUAGGCAUUUUUGGGUUCAGUGGAGAAGAUCACAUAGGAAAAGUCAGCUUUCCUCCUGUCCAGGCAGCUCCGUCUUUCCCAAGUUCUUUUCCACAUCUUUUCUCUGGCAAAGAUAGUCUACGUUGCUUGAUUCCUUGUGCAAUUGAUCAGGAUCCUUACUUCCGAAUGACACGAGAUGUUGCUCCUCGAUUAGGUUAUCACAAGCCAGCUCUGAUUGAAUCAUCAUUUUUCCCUGCUCUUCAGGGAGAAACAGGGAAAAUGUCUGCUAGUGAUCCAAAUUCUGCUAUAUAUGUGACUGAUUCUGCUAAGGACAUAAAAAACAAGAUAAACAGAUAUGCUUUCUCUGGUGGGCAAGAUUCUGUAGAGAAUCACCGAAAAUUUGGGGCAAAUCUUGAGGUAGAUAUACCCAUUAAAUAUCUUGGCUUUUUUUUGGAGGACGAUAAUGAACUUGAGCACAUCCGAACAGAAUAUGGUUCAGGCCGUAUGCUUACUGGAGAAGUUAAGAAACGGCUUACUGAAGUUUUGACAGAGCUGGUUGAAAGACACCGCAGGGCCAGAGCAGCUGUGACAGACGAGAUGGUCGAUGCAUUCAUGGCGGUUCGUCCACUUCCCAAUAUGUUCAAUUAAACUGGAGACUCAAUGAAAUCUCAGUUGUAUCAUCACUGUCAUUCAUUGGAACACACUCUUUAAUUUUCUUUUGAUAAAUCCAACCUUGAGAAUUUUGUAAUAUAAGUGUAUUAGAUACCCGACGUAUCCUAUUUGAUACGAGUAUCUAUAUACUCAAAAGUCAAAUGGAUUGAAGUGUGUUGCAAUGAUCUGUGAAUCUAGCAAUAUUUUAAUUUUCUUUUUAA